AUGAACGGGGUCACGGUGUUUGUUCACGUGCGGAAUUGUGAGCCGAGGGGCAAGGCACCCAAGGUGGGCGAUUUCCUCACUUUCCAGUAUGAGCCGAACAAGAAAAACCCAGAACAGAUGGAGGCAUAUAACGUGAAGGGUUGCACUGGUGUGGAUGAAGCAUGGAGUGGCUCCUUUGCUGGCGCUGGUCCAGUUGAGGGCACUGGGGCCUACUCUGGGACUGUUAUCAGCUUUGGUCCAAAGGGCUUCGGCUUCAUCAGCAUGGGGGAAGGCCAACCGGAGCUGUUCUUCAAUGCGAAGGACUGUGUAGGUAGCAAGCCCGUGACCGGAGACACGGUGAAGUUCGAUUUGACACCGAGCGACGCCAAGCCCGGACAGAUGCAGGCCAGCGACGGCCAGGACUGGCAGAAUGAGCAGGGCUGGGGCCAGCACGGGUACUGGAAGAACAACCCGGAGCAGUAUCAGGCCAAAAACGUGAAGGGAUGCUCGGCAGAUCGAAUUGCUUGGGGUUCAACUUUCAAUGGUCCAGUCGAGGGGACGGGGACAUGCACCGGGAGAUGCAAGAGCUUUGGUGCAAAGGGCUAUGGCUUCAUAGUCAUGGACGAUGGCACAGAGCUGUUCUUCAACGUGAAGGACUGUGUUGGCAGCAAGCCAGCAGCCGGUGAUAUUCUGAAGUUCGACAUGGCGGACAGUCAGAUGAAGCCAGGCUCAAAAGAGGCCAAAAACGUCACUGGUGGAAGUCAGCCGCUAGAUAUGCAGAUGAAAGGAGGCUGGGGAAUGUGGGGUGAUGGUUGGGGAGGUAAGGGUGGGUAUGGUCCAUGGCAAGGUGAUUGGGGCUGGGAUGGUGGCAAAGGAGGCAAAGGCCAAGGCAUGUGGGGAGGAAUGAAGGGUGGCAUGGGCGGCUAUGGCGGCUAUGGUGAAGCCCUUCUACUGGCCCAAGCAGUGGAAGUGCAGGUCGCCGUGACGCCAAGGCUUCGCCUCUAUGUUUUGGAAGCCUCCAGGAAAGGCCAAGAAACGCUGAUUGAGCAGGCAGUUGCCCAUGGAGCAGCUGCGGGUUGCGAGCAUCAGAAGCAAGGAUUGCUGGACCCUUAUGGCUCAGCAUUGUGGCCCUCAGCCUUGGUUCUUGCACAAGCUGUGGCAGCUCACGUGAAGCUAAAGCCACAGCAACGCAUCCUGGAGCUUGGUGCAGGAUGUGGUUUGGCUUCAUUGCUGGCUGCGCGUUUGGGCGGUGAUGUCUUGGCAACUGACUUUCGUCAGCUGCCUUUGCAGCUGCUCCGUGCAGCUGCCAGGCGCCAGGUUGGGGACUUGGCAUCUUCGCUUGGGUGGCAGGUUUUGUACGAGAAGGGCACAGCAGAUGGAAUGGCACAUCGUGUGGCCGAAGCGGUUCGACGUGGAAGCGCUGUUCUUGUAGCCGAUGUUGGACGGCCAAAUCGCAAGGCCUUCAUGACACAACUCAGAGAUUUGCUUCCAGAAGUGGAGAUAGGCAGCGAUUUCACAACCGAAGGCAUGGCCAUUCAGGAGACUGAUGGACCUCCCUCACCAUCCCGUGAAGUGCCUGUGCAGCUGCUGGAGCUUCCAAUGAAUGGCCCUGCUUCCCAGACUGUCCGGGCCGCAGCUCGGAGCAUCCGACCAAACAAAGUGGGCGCAAGCUCCCUGGUGGAGAGCACUUGCUGGGAAGUGGGUGUUGAGUCCUUGUCAACAUGA